CUUUCUUUUCGUUCGUUUCAAAACCAAUUCACUAAGGUCCUUUCCAUGAAUUCAAAUCCAGUCGAGCCGACUCUGGUGCCGGCCAUCAGCAGUGGAUCGGUAUCGUACACGACAAGCGCUGCAGACCGCCCCAAGCUGUCCUUUUCAGGCGCGUCCGACUGCGGGGCCAAGAUGGACGAGAAGUCGUUCAGCGUUUUCGACGACAUUCCGCCAAUUCUGACAACGGAUGUUGCGCGCGAGUUUGCUACCAUCAUGAAAAACAUUACAAGCACCAGCGAGGAAUGGGAGCGCCGCGUCAAUGCCUUGCGCAUGAUCCGAGGCUUGCUGAAUGGCGGCGUCCUGCCGGAACAGCGCGAAGCCUGGAUGCUCCACAUGAAGCCGCUGGCAGACCCGUUCUGCGCCACCCUCCGGGAUCUCCGCUCGGCAGUCAUGCGUGAAGCGUGUAUGACGCUCAGCCACAUGGCAAUGACCAUGAAGGCGGAAAUGUUUGCCGGCUCAACCAUCCCAGAGCAGGCCGUUGUCAGUUUGCUCAAGUUGCUCUACACGGGCGUUCGUGUCAUGAGCGACUCUGCCUACAUGGGUCUCAAACAGCUGGUAACCCAUGUCCAGGACCCCAAGGUGCUGACUCUCAUUGUUGAGUGCGGUGCCACAAGCAAAUCGGCCGUCGCACGCCACCGCGCGGUCGAGUAUCUCGGUAUUGUUCUCGCAGUUUGGGAGCAGUCGCGCUUCGAAAAGCAGCAACCAGCAAUCGAAUCGUGCAUUUUGAAGGCCAUCCGUGAUGCGGAUCCCAAUGCCCGCUCAGCGGCGCGCCGUGCCUUUGUCGCCUACGAAACCCGCUUUGCCUCUGCCGCAGCUGCCGCGAUGAAGGGCAUGGAUGGCGCUCAAAUCAAGCUGUUGAAUGAAGAGCGCGCCAAAGCGAAUGGAACUGCGCCCGCCAGCACACCCUCAACUGAGCGACGAGCUUCUGCAGCGGUUCAUCGCGCACCAUCCAUCACCAAGAGUGCCAGCUCUAGUAGCAGUAGCUCUAGCAGCAGUUCUGGUGCUGCCACUGCGACCUCGACUGCCUCCACAGCAACUGCAGCAUCGGCGCAAACCGCGUCCACUUCAACUUUUGCCACGCCUGUUUCGAGCAAGAUUCGCGCCAGUAGCAUUACUCCUGCGGCCUCGUCCCAAUCGAAUGGAGGAUUUGCAAGCUCGUCGAGCUCUCUGAAGGCCACACGGGUUGUCAAAGCCGUGCCGACUGGAACAUCCACUCCUGCACCAGCUCCAGUGACUACGACCCCUUCCAUCUCCAGCUCGAGCUCGAGCUCGAGCUCCACAACAGCUGCUCGACGCACGUCGGCCAAACCCUCUAGCAUUCCUACAGGCAUCCCUGCUGCGGCACGCCCACCGUCAGUUUCCGAAUACACAACGAGCGCUGCUCCGCCGUUAGUUGUUGGCUUUGCUCAGCCUGCUGCUCGUGUUAUUGUUCAAGCGCCAGUGCCCGCGCCAGUCCCAGCGCCAGCGCCGAUUGCUGCUGCUGCUGCUGCUGCUGCUGCUGCUGCUAUUGCUGCUGUCGCUGCUGCACCAUUGGUCGCCCAGUCCACUCCCACCGCGAACAUAAUCCCGAGUGCACCGCUUGCGAGCGCGCCUGCUGUUGUUGUUGUUGCGCCUUUGCCAGAAGCACCGUUGCCAGAAGCACCCCAGCCACCCCCGAACGAAAAUAGCGAGCCAAACAAACCCGCCGUUAGCUUCCCCACACUCACCAUCAAGCCUGUGCUGACUGCGCCCGUUUUUGAUCAGCCGCAAGUCCCUGCUACACCGCUGACAAUGAUGGCAUUCGAGCUUCCAGCGCUUGUUCCGCGCGAGCCAAGUGCACGUGACACUCUUCAAGCCAGUGCAUCCGAGUUUGACUGGACGGCGCCCGAGUCUGCAGAAGUUGCUCUUUCGCAGAUUACCGCAUGUAUGGAAGUUCUUCGUGGCGAACAGAGCAAUAAUGAGACGGUUGCCAUCGCUGCGCUGAAGAUCAUGACCGAGAACACUGUUUUCUUUGGCCUCGGAUUGGAACUGUUCUUCAUCCGUGACGCAGCCCUUCUCUGCUUCAAGUUGAUUGACAGUGUCAACUACCGAGAGCGUUCCAACGUUGCGGAAGAAUGUGUGCAGCAAUUGCUGUUGCUGGUACCAGCCUCGGAACAGCAGUCGCUUCUGGAUGACCUCGUGAAGGAGCAACAGCCGCCACUUUCGACCUCAGCAGUGCUGCUCAUGCUCAAGCUGCAAGCGCAGUAUGUUACUGGACUUUCCGUCGAGCAGGUCGCCCAGUUGGCCCCACAGCUCAUUUCACGCCUCGUCUGGGGCUACAAGCACUCUGCUGCAGAGGUUCGCAAAACGGUCGUUUUCCAAAUUGUCGAGCUCCAUGCCCAGCUCGGCCAGGAAGGGCUCGCACCGCUGUUUGCACAGCUCAACUCGAUGCAGCUUCGUCUUUUGCAAGUCUAUCUCGAUCGUGCAAAGAACGCCGCGCCUGCCUCUGCGUUGUCGGACAGCGUCAGCUGCCCACCUGCACCCUCGGUGACUGUGUAAAGCCACAGCCAAUCGUCAAGAUUCCAGUUAUUGAAUAGUGUUGAAUAGUGUUGAACAGUGUUGGGUCUCGCAUGAACCUGCAGCUCCUAGCUCGUACCCAGAACGAAAGA